CUCUGUCUCUGUGUGUGUCUCUGUGUGUGUCUCUGUCUCUGUGUGUGUCUGUGUGUGUGUGUGUGUGUGUCAAAGAGAGAACUGGAGUGUGUGUGGCUCAGGUCGCAGAGGGGAGUGUGUCUGUCUUUGUCUCUGUGUGUGUCUCUGUCUCUGUGUGUGUCUCUGUGUGUGUCUCUGUGUGUGUCUCUGUCUCUGUGUGUGUCUCUGUGUGUGUAUCUGUCUCUGUGUGUGUCUCUGUCUCUGUGUGUGUCUCUGUGUGUGUGUGUCAGAGAGAGAACUGGAGUGCGUGUGGCUCAGGUCGCAGAAGGGAGUGUGUCUGCGCAAGCGUUUAAGCACCAUGGACAGCAACCGGGAGCCAGUCUCGUUAACAACCAACCAGUGGGAAGUUUAGAGCAGCCCGCUCUCCUCUCAGUGUUGACCGGAGGAGCUCCUGUUGUCAGCGACAGAGACGACUCACUUUUGGAUUUGGAAAUAAUGAUCUAGUCUUUGUUCAUGCAGGUUAGUGUCUGAUAAAAAAAAAAUAUAGCUAAAUAAAAAAAAAUUGAAAAUCUACUCGACAUCAUUCCCUGAUCUCCUCUUCCAGAACUUUCCUCAGCACCGGGAUAUGGACUAACAUCACGCCACCCGCCAAGGGCCGACAGGCGGACACCGGCUCCUCCAGGCUCGGGUUGCUAGUUGGCACAAAAACAUGACAUUUUUUGAAACGGGAUGAAACAGGGAGGUACCUGAACUUAUCCAUUUCAGUUCAUCUUUAUUUAAUCAGAGUCGUGACUGUUUUCCGGGGAGUAGCUUAAGAAACGCUAGUUUUCGUUUCAAAACGUUUUGCUGCCGACCCUCCUGACUGAGGCCAACCUAGGAGGACAGACCGGCUGGUCUCCAGGAGGAUGCCCGGGCAGGAUGUGCUCCAGCCGAAAGAUCCUGUGGAGCCUGCUGCUGCUGUCAGUGUUGGAGGUGGGUCUGGGGGUGACCAGUAUCGUCCUGGGAGCCGUGGGGCUCAGCCGGGUCAGGGAGGAACACAAGCUGCAGCAAGGAGACGCUUCUCCCAUCUGGAGCGGCAUGUGUUUUCUAAUCUGUGGGAUGUGUGGAGUGCUCUGUUCCAAGAAGAGGACUGGACUCAUCAUGAUUCUGUUCUCAGCUUGCUGUAUCUGUGGUCUGAUUGGAGGGAUUCUCAACUUCCAGUUCGUUAGGGCGUUGUCACGACGACCAGACUCUCUUCGUUCCCUACACCUAGCAGCCAUGACUAUUGCCUGCCUGGGUAUCUCUUCCUGUACUCUCUCAACCUGGUUAACCUGUCGUCUGGCCAAUUCAGAACAACAGAGGAUGUUUCUGGAGAGAGAGCACUCACUACACCACUCACACGAGAUGGCUGAGAAGGAUUCAUACACACACGGAUCUUUCGAGAUCCUUGACAACUCCAGCAAUGGGAUUCCCCAGAUCUCCUACAAUGCUAACACCACAUCUCCUUAACAAUGGACACACCUUGUUGCCCUGACAACUGGCACAUCUUGUAACCCUGACAAUGGAAAUACCUUGUUGCUCUGACAAUGGACACAACUUGUUGCCCUGAUGAUGUACCCACCUUGUUGCCCUGACAACUGGCACAUCUUGUAACCCUGACAAUGGAACCACCUUGUUUCUCUGACAAUGGACACAACUUGUUGCCCUGACAACGGAGUGACAUCGUGUAACAGAGCUGAGCAGCAUUAUUACACAGCUGUGUGUAGAGAACUUCAACACAGAUGGAAGAAGUUUCCCAAAAUAAAACAACAAUGAAUGCUAUUCUUGGACAAGUUGUUACGAGUUCUGAUAGUCCCAUUACACAGAGUCACAUGACAUAUGCCCUCGCAGACAGGAGGGACAGACAGCCAAUCAGACACUUCAAACUAAUGAUCACAAAAACACGCAUGCAAUUUAUUUUAAAUCUCUCUCCCUCUCUCUCUUACAUUCUUCUCUCUCUCUCUUUCUCUCUCUCUCCCAUUCUUCUCUCUCCCCCUGAUUCUGGCUAUAUGAAUGUAGGUGUAUGGUGUAUGAAGGAACAGUGCUUUAGCGAUCUCAUACAGAGCAGAAUAUGGAAUUCUUUAAAGUAUCAGACAUACAACCAACGAUGCACACUGUAGAGCUGCUGUGGGUAACCGUCCUCCUGUAGAGCUGCUGUGGGUAACCGUCCUCCUGUAGAGCUGCUGUGGGUAGAGCUGCUGUGGGUAACUGUCCUCCUGUAGAGCUGCUGUGGGUAACUGUCCUCCUGUAGAGCUGCUGUGGGUAGAGAGCUGCUGUGGGUAACUGUCCUCCUGUAGAGCUGCUGUGGGUAACUGUCCUCCUGUAGAGCUGCUGUGGGUAACCGUCCUCCUGUAGAGCUGCUGUGGGUAACCGUCCUCCUGUAGAGCUGCUGUGGGUAACCAUCCUCCUGUAGAGCUGCUGUGGGUAACCGUCCUCCUGUAGAGCUGCUGUGGGUAACUGUCCUCCUGUAGAGCUGCUGUGGGUAACCGUCCUCCUGUAGAGCUGCUGUGGGUAACUGUCCUCCUGUAGAGCUGCUGUGGGUAACUGUCCUCCUGUAGAGCUGCUGUGUGUAACUGUCCUCCUGUAGAACUGCUGUGUGCAACCGUCCUCCUGUAGAGCUGCUGUGGGUAACCGUCCUCCUGUAGAGCUGCUGUGUGUAACCGUCCUCCUGUAGAGCUGCUGUGGGUAACCGUCCUCCUGUAGAGCUGCUGUGGGUAACCGUCCUCCUGUAGAGCUGCUGUGGGUAACCGUCCUCCUGUAGAGCUGCUGUGGGUAACCAUCCUCCUGUAGAACUGCUGUGUGUAACCGUCCUCCUGUAGAGCUGCUGUGGGUAACCGUCCUCCUGUAGAGCUGCUGUGGGUAACCCUCCUCCUGUAGAACUGCUGUGUAACUGUCCUCCUGUAGAGCUGCUGUGGGUAACCCUCCUGUAGAGCUGCUGUGGGUAACCCUCCUGUAGAGCUGCUGUGGGUAACCGUCCUCCUGUAGAGCUGCUGUGGGUAACCGUCCUCCUGUAGAGCUGCUGUGGGUAACCAUCCUCCUGUAGAGCUGCUGUGGGUAACCGUCCUCCUGUAGAGCUGCUGUGGGUAACCGCCUCCUGUAGAGCUGCUGUGGGUAACCGU